AUGGACCACCUACGUGAUUAUCUGCUGAGCUCUGUGCCUAGAGACACACUAUCUACCGGAACAAUCGACCACGCUCGUAGAGAUCAGGAAGAUACACGCCAGUCUGUCGUUCGGGGCGAUUUCAAAGAGGUUCGAGACAUAGCAUUCAGUAACCGAACCUGGGUCGUCACCAGUCGAUACUGCGAUAUUGGAGACAGCGUCGACUCCCUUGAAGGCCACAUUCAUUCCCUGUGGUAUAUGUACUACGAGCUCGCACGAAACAUCUCCCCUGAAUCACAUGAAGAUGAGGGAAUAGUCCUCGAUAUCCUUCGCAUUCAAGGAAUGGGACCGCUGACUAGACUUGCACACGGAGUCAAUGGCAUUGACAUCGCAAGAACCGUCGACGGUACACUGUGGAACGAUCUCCCGUUCUUGGUUGGCGAUAUGACCAAUUUCUAG